ACUAUGCCACCAUCCCCCCUGACACAGCAACCAUCUCAACCACCUCAAUCGCAACCGCCUCGAUUAACGCAACAGAAACAAAUACAUCCACUUAGUAGUCAACAUGUGAUGAAUCCUUCUAUAAUGGAUAUUGAUUCUUUACCAGGCACUUCACCUAAAAUUAUUCCAAGACCAGUUUCCGAUGUGAUGUCAGCAACAUCAGUGGGCAUUGGUGGCCUACCACCCCGACAGAUUACACCUAUCGCACCUGCAAAUCAAAAUAACCUUCUUUCUAGCAUUGUUAUAAAUAAGAUGCAAUCUAUUUCAGGAAUUAGAAACCCAAAUCUACCCGAGACCCCAGCAUCUCUGUCACUGCUUGAGCUUGACGAUGGCGAUAGACAACUUUUGUCGAAACGUAAAAUCCAACAAUUGGUGGAUCAGAUUGAUCCAAAAGAGAGAUUGGAACCGGAGGUAGAGGACGUAUGUAUUCAAAUUCACGGAACUCAAAAUUGUUCCUCGGAACGUCUACAAUGCACACUGAUACUACUAGAAAUAGCGGAUGAAUUUAUAUCAUCGGUUAGUUCGUUCGCGUGUCUUUUGGCCAAACAUCGGAAAUCAGAUACUCUGGAGGUUAAGGACCUUCAACUUCAUUUAGAGCGAAACUGGAAUAUCCGCAUUCCUGGGUUUGCCUCUGAUGAGAUUCGCUCUGUAAGAAAGACGAUUCCAAAUGCACAUCAACAAAAACUUUUGGCGGUUAACACAGCAAAAGCCAAUAAAGCACAAAUUGCAACCAUGGCACCGACA